GUGUGUGUGUGUGUGAGUGUAUGAGUGUGUGAUUUAACACGGGUGUGUGUGUGAGUGAGUGAGUGUGUGAUUUAACACGGGUGUGUGUGUGUGAUUUAGCACGGGUGUGUGUGUGUGUGUGUGUGUGGGUUGGUGUGAUUUUAACACGGGUGUGUGUGUGUGAUUUACAUUUACAUUUACAGCAUUUAGCAGACGCCCAGAACGACUUACAUUUUUAUCUCAUUUUUAUACCACUGAGCAAUUGAGGGUUAAGGGCCUUGCUCAGGGGCCCAGCAGUGAAAUCGAAAUUGGUGGACAUAGGAAUCGAACCCACAACCUUCCGAUUGGUAGCCCAACACCUUAACAACUAGGUGUGUGUGAUUUAACACGGGCGUGUGUGUGUGUGUGUGUGUGUGUGUGUGUGUGUGUGUGUGUGUGUGUGUUUGUUUGUUUGUUUGUGUGUGUGAUUUAACACGUGUGUGUGUGUGUGUGUGUGGGCUUUAACUUACACCCCCAACAUGGAUCCUCCGGACAUCUGAAGCCAUUUUCCCAGUUGAAUCUUGGACAACUCUAAAACCACACACACACACACACACACACACACACACACACACACACACACACACACAGAGAGAGAGAGAUCGCACUCAUGUAGACAAACAGCCCAAAGAUGUCCAACAGCUCGAAGCAGAGAAGGCACUGGAGCAGCAGGGUCCAUGAAGUGGUGUUAACUCAGGACACACACAUGGAGCUCAGUGUGGAUAUCAGAGGAGGUGCAGAACUCGGUCAGUUCCCCGUGUUUGGGGCUCUGGAUGGGGGGAAGACUGUUCAUAACCCCGGGAAACUUCUGCUGGAGAUUAACGACACCCCGGUGGCCGGACUGACCACCAGAGACGUAAUGGCGGUGUUGAAACACUGCAAACACCCCAUCCGACUCAAGUGUGUCAAAGCAGGAGGAGUUAUAGAUAAAGAUCUCAGGCUCUACCUCAGCCUGCGCUUUCAGAAAGGUUCUCUAGACCACGAACUGCAGCAGAUCAUCCGGGACAACCUCUACCUCCGCACCGUGCCCUGCACGACUCGGCCACCUAAAGAGGGAGAAGUUCCAGGAGUCGACUACAACUUUGUGAGUGUUGAGUGUUUUCUGGAAUUAGAGAGAAGUGGAGCUCUGCUGGAGAGCGGAACAUAUGAAGAUAACUACUACGGCACACCCAAACCCGCGGCGGAGGCAAGCAGUGUGCUGCUGAUUCCCGGCUCUGUCCCAAACGCAGCCCCCAAACGCAGACGCAACAAAUCUGUCAGUAACAUGGAGAAAGCCGGGAUCGAACCGCCUGAGGAGGAGGAGGAGGAGACCCCUGUUGUUAACGGCAACGGAAUCACAGCCACACUCGACUGCAGUGAGCAGGAGGAGAAAAUUUCAGACAGCUCUGGGGACAAACCCCAUACUUACGGGACAGUGAGAGAGGAGAAGGAGGAGACGGACACCGUGAGGGCGGAGUCUGAGCAGGAUAAGCCCCGCCCUAAAGAUGAGCUCUGUGACGAGCUCGGGCCUCUGCCCGAUAACUGGGAGAUGGCUUACACCGAGAAAGGAGAGGUGUACUUCAUCGAUCACAACACUAAGACAACAUCAUGGUUAGAUCCCCGACUCGCAAAGAAAGCUAAACCACCAGAGGAGUGCAAUGAAAACGAGCUUCCGUACGGCUGGGAGAAAAUCACUGAUCCAGUUUACGGCAGUUAUUAUGUGGAUCAUAUAAACAGGAGGACUCAGUUUGAGAACCCAGUUCUAGAAGCUAAGAGGAGACUGCAGAUGCAAAGCCAAGGACUCUCAUCACUUCCAUUGCCUGCUUUAUACAGAGAGAAGCCCCUGUUCACUCGAGAUCCCACGCAGCUGAAGGGCAGGUUCCUCUCGACGACGCUGCAGAAAAGCACCAUGGGAUUUGGCUUCACAAUCAUCGGGGGAGACGAGCCAGACGAGUUCCUGCAGGUAAAGAGUGUGAUUCCAGACGGCCCUGCUGCACAGGACGGAAAGAUGGCUACAGGUGAUGUGAUCGUCUACAUAAAUGAGGUGUGUGUUCUCGGGACAACUCACGCAGAUGUGGUGAAGCUAUUCCAGUCAGUACCCAUCGGGCAGAGCGUGACCCUGGCACUUUGCCGUGGAUACCCUUUACCCUAUGACGCAGAGGAUUCGGGCAACACCAUAAUCUCUACAUUGGGCCUUAUAGGAGACCGCCCCUUGCUGCUGAAUGGUCGCAACUGCACCACGUACGACACAUAUAUGGAGUACUUAAGCCGCACCGCGCACUUCCUGGAUGACGGUGUCUCUGUGGCAUCAUCGGGGACAGAGCUGAUCGCAGUCACCAUCGUGAAGGGGUCGGACGGGUUUGGCUUCACUGUAGCAGACAGCGAUGGAGGUCAGAGGGUGAAGCAGGUGCUAGAGCCUCAGCGCUGCCCAGUUCUGUGUGAAGGAGACCUCAUCGUGGAGAUCAACCAGCGUCCAGCCCUUACGCUUUCUCACACGCGGGUAGUGGAAUUGCUGAAGGAGUGUGCAGUCGGAGCCGAGGCCACGCUGCUCGUGCAGAGAGAGAGAGGUCACUUUUCACCUUGGAAGAGUCCCAAGCAGGUUUUGGAGCCCUGGGACCAACAGGGUGGUGUUUGUGCCCCUGCCCUGCCCCACACCAGCCCCUACCUGCCCUGGCCCUCAGCUACUGACCCCUCUCAGGGCCUUGACCUCAGCAAACCUGACCCCUAUGACCUGUACACCAAAUCCCGGGUUUUGUAUGAGAGUAGGCAACCGGGUCUGCCUCGACCUGUUUACCCAGCGGAACCCUCAGCAGAGUUCCAGGAAGUGGAAGUGAAUCUGCAUCGAGAGAAAUCCGGCUUUGGCUUCAGGAUCCUAGGAGGAGAGGAAGCAGGACAGCCUAUCCUGAUCGGGGCGAUCGUAGAGAACAGCCCGGCGGACAAAGAUGGCCAUCUGCGUCCCGGAGACGAGCUGAUUUCGGUGGAUGGUAUUUCUGUGGCGGGAAAACCUCAUCGCCACGUCAUCGAUCUGAUGCACGUAGCGGCUCGGACCGGCCACGUCAGGCUGACGAUACGGAGGAGAGCUCAGGUCACGGGAGACUCGUGUCCUCAGAACGGACGCAGUCCCGGCUCCGUCUCCACGCAGCACAGCUCGCCGCGUAGCGACCUCAACUCCGGAAACUUCUCAAACAGCGGUGGCUGCGGCAGCGUUCCUCCAAACCCCGAACCUAAUGCCACUCUACCGCAGCCCUCAGCAGCUAGUCAGGCCAGUGAUGUCAUCAUUGAGCGCAAGGAGACGGAAGGGUUCGGAUUCGUCAUCAUCAGUUCGCUGAACAGGCCGGAAACUGCAGCUGCUGCAGCGGUGCCACAUAAGAUCGGGCGGAUCAUUGAGGGCAGUCCGGCCGAGCGCAGUGGGAAGCUGAAGGUGGGAGAUCGGAUCCUGGCUGUGAAUAAUCAGUCCAUCAUCAGCAUGGCGCACGCCGACAUUGUUAAACUCAUUAAAGACGCAGGGCUGAGUGUCACACUGCGCGUCGUCACACAGGACGAGUCGUGUAGUACUCCCUCUGCUGCCAGCUCAGAGAAACAGAGUCCUCAAACUCACCCGAGUCCGGUGGCACAGAAUAACCAAGCUGAGACAGACACGCCCCCAAACACACACCCCAGCCCUGUCAAUCAAACCACCCUGACCAAUCAAACAAGCCCUGAGAGCCAGCAGAGCCAGCCCACCCAGUCUGCAACUGCCCCAGUGCAGAUAUACACAAAUGAUGGAGGGUACAGGUCAGAGGUCAAAGCUCGUCAGGACGUCAAGCCCGACAUUCGACAGCCUCCAUUUACCGAUUAUCGCCAACCGCCCGUGGACUACAGACAGCCUCCUGUGGCUGAGUACACACACACACCACUGCUGGACUACAGACACACUGACCCACGCUCCUACACCAUCACAGAGUACAGACACACACAGAAUUUUGAUUUCUUCACUGUGGAGUUAGAGAAGAGUGUUAAGGGUUUCGGGUUCAGUAUACGAGGCGGACGUGAAUAUAAGAUGGAUCUGUUCGUGCUCCGAUUGGCCGACGACGGCCCGGCCAUCCGUAAUGGCAGGAUGAGGGUCGGAGACCAGAUCAUAGAGAUUAACGGUGAGAGCACACGGGAGAUGACACACACUCACGCCAUCGAGCUCAUCAAGUCAGGUGGAAACCGAGUGAGACUGUUGUUGAAGAGAGGAACGGGACAGGUACCAGAAUAUGCAGAUAGCUCCGCCCCCUGGGAUCCUAACCCUACAGCCUCCUCAAGCGUGUCAGAAGUAGCUCCGCCCCCCGAGAGCUUAACUAACACGUCGCCGUCAUCCCAUGUGAACCCAUCUACAGAGCCACCUUGCACGCUUCUGAUCGACACGGAAGCCCCCGAAAGCUGCCACCAGGGUCUUAAAGCGGCGGAGAAAGCGGGCACGGGGUCCAGCAGGGGGCAGAACCGGCACCGGGAGGGCAGCAGAACCAGACGCCGAAGCUCGGGUGGGAACAAGGGGCACCAGAAUCGCUCAGACGACACGAAAGCAGAAUCCAACAAGAGCCGAUCCAAAGAGCGGAAACGAGACCUGCCUAAAGCCCUGAGAGGCAACGCUGAGGUCAACAGGGGCAGCAUGGAGGGUGUCGGAAUCCUGCAGCAGGUCAAAGGGCAAGCACGAGAGCCAGACAGGGGGACGGGGGAGAGAAAGACGUCCAAAUACAGCAGCAACAUGGCGAGCAGGAAGGCGACCGUGUCCCCAGGGCCGUGGAAAAUCCCCGGAUCGGAUAAACUCCCGAGCAGCCUGCGAUCUGCCUCGUCCACCAUCAGCAGAUAAAACACACACACACACACACACACACACACACACACGCUUAGAUUUGUUUUGUUUCGAUUAGCUCACUCAGCCCUGAAGUGAUGAUCGAUAUCGCCAACAGAAAAAAAAACAGAUCGCCAUCUUGUGGAUGAACGAAGUCGAUUCGGUUUGAAUUGAUUUGCUCAGAAUCACGGAGGUCCCAAAUCCGUCUCCCACCACCUUCACUCACAGACCAGCAUUUUAAAGUUCAGGUUUUAUUUCUAAAUUAUUCUUUUAAAAAGACACGACACCAACCACCUUAACGAUUGUCUUAUUUCCUCGGUAAAGAAAAUAAAAUAACGACGACGAUGAUGAUGAUGAUGGUGAUGAUGAAGGAUGUAGGAGGAUGAUCGCAGGAGUCUGUUAAUCUCGUGCAUUCUGCCUUAAAACUAAAUAAACUGCAGAUAAAUCGGGUAAACUCAUGGACGAUUAGAGAAUUAUAUUAUAUUAUAUUAUAUUAUAUUAUAUUAUAUUAUAUUAUAUUAUAUUAUAUUAUAUAAAGAGAGAUGUGUGAGCGUGUAUAUAAACUCGGCCUUGUUUCACUCGCAACAACACAACCUCCGCUACUCUUCCUCCUCAGAGCCUUCUGAUUGGUCUCCUGCUCCCGUCUGCCGUUCCGUCAGCCAAUCAGCAUCGAGUACGGUGACUUUACUAUGCUUCAGCGUCCUUUAACUCGGAUAAACUUAUUUUCACAAGAAGACGCGGUCGAUUCCUGACAUUCCAGCUGCUACACUACACUCUGUUACCUGAGCUUCUAUUUUCAUACAGAGAAUAAAUACAGAACGUCUACACAAAACACCUUAUAACACAUAUAUACAGUAAAUAUAGAAAUAUAUAAAGAGUUCUACAACGAAUGAAACGAUGAUGUUGCACUUUUAUUUUGCAGUUAAUAAAUAAACAACCAUAAAAUAUUUAAAGAUUAUUUUUAUUUAAAAAUGUAUUCCAGAAAGAUUGUGUUUUUGUGCUCACUUCACUUGGAAAAUAUGCAUUUUUUUUUCAGCCCGUAAUUUAUUUGUGUUUGUUUUCUUAUAUAUGCAAAAUGUCUCCUUGACAAUGACAACGAUGAUGAUGAUGAUGAUGAUAGUGAUGACGAUGAUGAUGAUGAUGAUGAUAGUGAUGAUGAUGAUAGUAAUGAUGAUGAUGAUGAUGAUAGUGAUGAUGAUGAUGAUGAUGAUGAUAGUAAUGAUGAUGAUGAUGAUGAUGAUGAUGAUGAUGAUGAUGAUGAUGACGAGUCACAUGAGGUUUGAUUCUGGGGUUUAAAAAAUCAGAUUUAAAAAAAAAAUAUUUUUAAUAAAUCAUUUUAAAUGACUAUAAAUUCUACAGAUCUACUGAAAUCCUGUAUAUCACAUUAUAUAUAAAUAUAAAGAUCUAUUAAAGAGUGCCUAUGAAAUGAUCCUGUACUUCUGAGUGACAUGAAAAGCUUGUUGGGGAAAAAAGCCGGAAAUUUCUGGAAUUAAGACUUUUUUUUUUACUGCCAUUGAUUGUGAUGUUUCCUUUUAACAUCUCUCGCUGUAUCGGUGUUUUUUCUGUUUAAAGACCGAACAUGACAUAAGUGCAAUGUAGCAGUGUGUAUCACGUCAUCUUACACACACACACACACACACACACACAUCGGUACUGGUGACAGCUGAAGUUAGAAAACAAAGAUGAGUUUGACGACACACGGAAAUCUGAUUUAAAAUCUGAUGACUUGGUAAAUUCACGUGACAGUUGACAUGAUGCUCCGUACAACACGUCACACUUCAGAAACCAACAGCCAAAUAUCUACAAACUCGCCUCUUUACACAAACACGACUCAUAAUAAACCACUGUGUGUGUGUGUGUGUGUGUGCGUGUGUGUGUGUGUGAUUCUUUUCCCAUAACAGCACACAGUGAUUUGACCCUGAUUCCAGUUAAAAUACACUUUGUACGUUUUAUCUGUUCAUGGUUACAUUCGAGGUUCUCACACAAUCACAGCUCCAAACAAACCUGCACCAGACUCUUUAUUCCCGGUGAGAGGAACAAAAACAUGUGGCUUGUGAUUCACUGUCACUGAGAAACUGAACCCUCUGACACUGGAGGCUCCUUCCACUAACUCUGUCUGUCUGUCUGUCUGUCUGCCUGCCUGUCUGUCUCUUUGUCUGUCUGUCUGUCUGUCUGUCUGUCUGUCUGUCUGUAUGUCUCUUUGUCUGUCUGUCUGUCUGUCUGUCUGUCUGUCUGUCUGUCUGUCUGUCUGUCUGUCUGUCUGUAUGUCUGUCUGUCUGUCUGUCUCUUUGUCUGUCUGUCUGUCUGUCUGUCUGUCUGUCUGUCUCUUUGUCUGUCUGUCUGUCUGUCUGUCUGUAUGUCUCUUUGUCUGUCUGUCUGUCUGUCUGUAUGUCUGUCUGUCUGUAUGUCUGUCUGUCUGUCUGUCUCUUUGUCUGUCUGUCUGUCUGUAUGUCUGUCUGUCUGUCUGUCUCUUUGUCUGUCUGUCUGCCUGCCUGUCUGUCUGUCUGUCUGUCUGUCUCUCUGUCUGUCUGUCUGUCUGUCUGUCUGCCUGCCUGCCUGUCUGUCUGUCUCUCUGUCUGUCUGUCUGUCUGUCUGUCUGCCUGCCUGUCUGUCUGUCUCUCUGUCUGUCUGCCUGCCUGCCUGUCUGUCUGUCUGUCUGUCUGUCUCUCUGUCUGUCUGUCUGUCUGUCUGUCUGUCUGUCUGCCUGCCUGUCUGUCUGUCUGUCUGUCUGUCUCUUUGUCUGUCUUCCUGUCUGGCAGUCUGUGUCUGUCUGUCUGUCUGUCUAACACAGGCAACAUUUGUUUACUUCAUUUUUUUUGGGACUGUAAAGCAGCACACAGACUCGCCAGACUUCACCACAGCUAUAGAUUCUGAUUGGUCAGCGAGUAUCGACCUCACUAACUAACUAACACACACACACACACACACACACACACACACACAUUUUCCUACACACUCUCAGGUUUAUCAAUCGUCUUAAAUCUCUACAGUGAUUCAUCCUUCUCUUAUAUGAACCACAAUCUACACACUGAUUUACAUUUUUGUUGUUGUUCUGAACCGAAUGUAACUAUAAAUGGAUAAAAACUGUAACUGUAAUCGUUGGUUAAUUGCUGCAGCAGCAGAAAAAUAAAACACUUUUGUUCCUUCUUCUGUUACGGGAAAAGAAUCAGCCUCAGGGUGGUGUAACACACACACACACACACACACACACACAUGGGUUUUUCUCUUUAUAGUCCAGAAGAAUUUGUUCUUUCAGGCUUUUAUGACAUCACUAACACUAUUGUCAAGCUUUUGAUGUAUCUGAUUAUCGGCAUGACGACGUCAACGAUGAUGAAAACGAUGAUGAGGGACUGGGAUCUGAAUCACUGUGUAAUAUUCUAUACUAUUAGACAACACUUUAGACACACACACACACACACACACACACACAAAGACUGUACAUCAGCUAUUUUUUAUGAAAUGCAUCUCUACAGAUAUAAUAACUUUUGCAGGACGACUUGUUUAUUGUAUAAAUACUGACAAAUAAAAUCUUGCUAUGGUGUAAAAUA